UGUCCCGCCCCUGCCCCGGGGCCUGUCCCGCCGCUGCCCCGCUCCCGCCGCUGCGGCAGCACCGCUUCUGAGGCGGCGGCGCUCGAUGCGCUCGGGGCUCGGCCCGGCGAGGCGGCGCCUGUGGCCCGGCGGUGCCUUGUCCGCCCCGGCCAUGUCGGGCCUGGCGCGGGCCUUGCGGCGGGCGGCGGCUCUUGGGCGGCUCCCCGCGCCCCGCAGGGAGGGCGACGGGGCCGGGGCGCGGCCAUGGGGCUGGGGGCUGGCUCUGGGGCUGGCGCUGGGGCUUCGGGCGGCGCCGGCGGGAGGGGAGUCAGAGAGCGGGCGGGAGGAGAAGCCGCCGCCGACCCCGCGGGGCUUCGGCGCGGCCGUGGAGAGGAGCAGGGACCUGGUGCGGAGGAUCAAGGACGAAGCAGGAAUCCCAGGUAUAUUAGUUGGAGUUUCUGUAGAUGGAAAGGAAGUCUGGUCAGAAGGUUUGGGCUAUGCUGAUGUAGAGAACCGUGUGGUGUGUAAGCCAGAGACCAUCAUGCGUAUCGCCAGUAUCAGCAAGUGUCUUACAAUGAUGGCUGUUGCUAAAUUGUGGGAAGAGGGUAAACUAGAUUUAGAUGCUCCAGUGCAGAAAUAUGUCCCUGAAUUUCCAGAAAAGGUCUAUGAGGGUGAAAAGGUCACUAUUACCACAAGACUGUUAGUUUCACACUUGAGUGGGAUUCGUCACUAUGAAAAAGAUAUUACAAAAGUUAAAGAAGAAAAGGAAAAGGCAAACAGAGAACUUAAGCUAACAAAAUCCUGUCAGGAUAAAGAACAAAAAGAAAAAGAAGGUAAAGGGAUUGAAAAAACUGAUUGUGUCAAACAGAAGAAAGAACAUAAUAGUGAGACAAAAAUCCAACAUUCAAAGCCUGGCAGGAACAACAAGGAAUUUGAACAGGAAGAGUAUUAUUUGAAGGAAAAAUUUGAAAGUGUGAUUGAAUCACUGAAGAUAUUUAAAAAUGAUCCUUUAUUCUUUAAACCAGGUAGCCAGUUCUUGUACUCAACGUAUGGCUUUACUCUCUUAAGUGCUGUUGUGGAGAGAGCUUCAGGACAAAAAUUUACAGAUUAUAUGCUGAAAAUGUUUCGUGAUUUGGAUAUGCUGUCAACUGUCCUGGAUGACAAUGAAGCAAUGAUAUAUAACAGAGCAAGGUGUUACGUUUACAACAAAAAGGGACGGCUGGUAAAUGCACCAUAUGUGGACAACUCUUACAAGUGGGCUGGUGGUGGCUUUCUGUCCUCAGUAGGUGACCUCCUGAAAUUUGGAAAUGCCUUGUUGUACAGUUAUCAAGCCGGACAAUUUAAAAACAGGAAUUGCAAACUUCUUCCAGGGUACCUCAAGCCAGGCACGGUUGCAAUGAUGUGGACCCCAGUGCCAAAAACAGAAGUGUCGUGGGACAGGGAUGGUAAAUACGCCAUGGCUUGGGCUGUGGUAGAGAAAAACCAACAGUAUGGCUGCUGCAGACAGCAGAGACACUACGCAUCCCAUACUGGGGGGGCCGUGGGGGCCAGCAGUGUCCUCCUCAUUCUGCCUGAAGAGCUGGAUACUGAAGCUCUGGGUACUUGGCCAGUAGCACCCCCAAGAGGAGUCAUUGUCACUAUUAUCUGUAAUAUGCAGUCAGUUUCGCUCAACAGCACUGCCUUAAAGAUUGCAAGGGAAUUUGAUAAAGAAAAACGGGCACAAUAUAUGGACUAAAAGAGAUGUAUGUGACUGAACUCAAUGUACUGAAAAACAAAGGGAGAAGGGUGUAAUUUGAUUUCAAGUUCCUAAGAAUAUGGGAAGAAAAAGCAUAAAAAAAAUCACUUAAUUAACCUCUGCUAGUGGUGCUAAACUUACGUGUAACUGGAAUUAAUCUCAGGGAAGUUCUUAACUCACAGAAAAUGAGAAUGUAACAGUCAAAGGUGACUUUCUGUAGUACCUGCAUAAAUUAUCAUUAUAUUAGCAGGUAAUUUUUAUCAACUAGUGAAACACUUGACCAAGAUUAAAAAAAUUGUUUUGUUUUUUUUUUUGCACUAAGUGCAAAUUAUCUACCUUAAACAUUAAACUUUUGGAAAAAUUCACAUCUUGACUUGAGCACACAAAUAGGUUGCUUGUUACUCGCACAGUUCCAGUCUGCCAAAAUUAUUCAGUAUUACUUUCUAAAGAAAAAAUGUGUCACCAUUGCUUUUUGUUUUCACAUACCACUUCCCUUCUUUGCUUAAAAAAACAACAAAACCCAAACCUUGAAGCUACCUCCAAAACGCAGACUUAUACCAGAAGCAGGCUUUUAUCAGAGCUGUGGAUUAAGAGCUAGAAAAGAAUGAAUCUAGAGGCAAUGUAAGUGAAACUCUUUGUAAUUUAGAUGUUCUGUCAUCCAUUUUUAUUGGACACAGAGAAUGUGUGAAAUUAGUUUGCUGUGCAAUAAAGGUAUUAUUUCUAGAGUCAAACCCACCCCAAUAGCACAGCGUGGCAAGCUGUCAAACUGUCCCAUUUGAGUGAUCUACAUGCUAACUUGGUAGCCAGAAACGAAACUGUAUUCCAUAGUGUAGAUAUUCCCUUGUAAACAGGAAUUAGGAAGUCAAAUAGUUCAAUACAACUUAAAGCCCAUUCUUGAAGUCAGGAGUCCAAGUCUCACCAGUGGAACACGGCUACAGUGGCUGCAGCACAGCUCUGAGUGCUGCAUCCAGAGAUGGGGACACCUCCACCUCCCUGGGAACUCCUUCCAAUGGCUGACCACCCCUUCUGUGAAGAAAUUUUUCCUGUUGUCCAACCUGAACCUCACCUGGUACAGCUUGAGGCCAUGUCCUCUUGUCCAUUCAUUUGUUCCCUGUGGGAAGAGGUCAAACUCCCCUGGCUCCAGCCUCCUGUCAGGGAGCUGUAGAGAGUGAUAAGGUCACCCCUGAGCCUCCUUUUCUCCAGGCUUAACACUCCCAGCUCCUUCAGCUUCUCCUCAUCAGACUUGUGCUCCAGACCCUUCCCCCAGAGAAGGCAGAAUGUCCACUGCCUUUCUCUGCAUGUUCCAGCUCCUCAAUGUCUUUCUUGAAGUGAGGGGCCCAGAGUUGGAUGUGAGACUAGAGGUGUGAGAUUUUCUAAUCUUCCGUUUUAUGAUAGGAAUAAAGUAGCAUCUGAAGUGUUCAUUUUACAUAUUUCACAAUGGCAUGGGAGAUCUUUGUGAUCUUGAAUUUCAAUUGAAUUGAUUUGAAUCUCAAAGAUUUACCCUCACCUCACUUCCCCUGCAGUUACAUUAGACAGUAUUUCCAGGCUGAGACAAAACAGAAGUAUCUUUCAGGAAAGGUUUCACUACUUCCUUUCCUGCACUGCUUAGCAGCUCUGCUUCUCUGAAUUUAAGGAGCAAGAUGUCUUGGAUAGCAUCUAGCAGAAGACAACCAUGCUUCUUUUAGUAUUAUCGUCAUAGUUGUUACCUGCCCUGUGAUGCUACAUCAUGCUUCCAUCUCUGUUCCCACUAUGCCUGUGAUAAUAUUUAUUACCCAAGACCAAGAAACUGGGAAAUUUAGUAUUUUGAGGAGUCAGUGCUUUACCUACAUUUUAAAUUGGAGCUAGUAAGACUAGUUUAGUAUACUUUUCAUAAUUACAAUCAUUGUUGUACCUUGAAAAUUAUUUGCUUGGAGUUUCUGGCCCACUCACCAAAAUUUCUCUUUUUUAUUUAUUAAUAAUGUAUUGUCUUUAUCUCAAGAAUAUCCAAUUAGUGAAAACAACAGAGAGAAUACUUCUGAAUUAACUUUCAUUGGUCAGGCAAUAAAUUAUCUCUUCUUCUGAA